AUGGUGGGGAAAAUAGGAGGAGGAAAGAAAAGGAAAGCUAGCGACAGCAGCAGAGGCAAAUACGACGAUGGGGAUGGUUGCUACUUGAAGAAGAAGAAGAAGAAGCAUCAGCACCAGCACCAGCAGCAGACCCCUCUUCGUCAACCUUCGGCCCUCAGCUCCAGCAGCAACAGCCAGAGGGUUGAGCGCCCAAGGAGCAGCUCUUCCUCCGUCAGCCUGAUGGCCAAGAAGCUAGUCAUCCGGAUGCUGAUUGUGAUUGUCAUCUUGUUCUUCAUCUGUUGGACGCCCAUCUUCAGCGUCAACACCUGGAGGGCCUUUGACCCCACCUCUGCUCAGCUCCUCCUCUCGGGAGCUCCCAUCUCCUUCAUCCAUUUGCUCUCCUACACCUCCGCCUGCGUGAAUCCGAUCGUCUACUGCUUCAUGAACAAGCGCUUCCGCCUGGGUUUCCUCGCGACCUUCACUUGCUGCGCCAAGGCGCGCCUCCCGGCGGUCCGAGCAGAGAUGGGAGAGGACGAGGAAGGGAAGACAACCAGAGCGUCCCUCUCCAGCCAACAACACCACGCAAGAUCUUCUAGGUCAGAUCAAGAGAACCCACCAUCAACACCCAAGAAUAAUGCCCUCACCGUUGGCAUCGAUGCACCAAGAACCAGUGUUCAUACAUACAGGGAGUCCUCGACCUACGACCAUAACAGAGCCCAACAUUUCCGUUGUUAAGUGAGCCGUUUGUUAAGUGAGUUUCCCCCCCCGUGUUAUGACUUUUCUUGCCACACUGGUUAAAUGAUUCAAUACAGUGGAUAAGCCAGUAACCCGGUUGUUAAGUGAAUCAGGCUUCCCCCUUGACUUCACUUGCCAGAAGGUCACAAAAUGGGAU